AUGCGGCUCCUAGGCUGGUGGCAGGUUCUGCUGUGGGUGCUGGGGUCUCCUGCCCGCGCCGAGGAGAUUGCAGAGAAAAGAAGUCACUUAUGGUCAGAGGAGCAGCCUGCUUACCCAUUCCAGGUGGGGGCUGUGUACAUGAGUGAGGAGGUGCCUUCCCCUGACCCAGUGGGCCAGGACCCGUCUGCAGAAGAGACGGAGGCAGUGCUGGGGCUGGAUGCUGACGGCAACCACAUGGUGAUGUUGUCGGUGAUUCCCGGGGAAGCCGAGGACAAGCUGAGCCCAGAGUCCAGCAGUGGCACCUGCGGGGCCGGAGGGGAGGAGGACCCGAGGUGCAACCUUCGGGAGAGCCUCUUCUCCCUGGACAGAGCUGGAGCAAGCUUCUCGGAGAGAGAAGAGGAGUACUACACUGAGCCCGACGUGGCGGAAUCCGGCCCCACCCCAACUGAGGACGCCAACACCACUGAAAGUCUCAAGUCCCCAAAGGUCAGCUGUGAGGAGAGAAAUGUGACAGGAUUAGAAAAUUUCACCCUGAAAAUUUUAAAUAUGUCACAGGAUCUUAUGGAUUUUCUCAACCCAAACGGUAGUGACUGCACUCUAGUCCUGUUUUACACCCCUUGGUGCCGAUUUUCUGCCAGCUUGGCCCCUCAUUUUAAUUCUCUGCCCCGGGCGUUUCCAGCUCUUCACUUUUUGGCACUGGAUGCAUCUCAGCACAGCAGCCUUUCUACAAGGUUUGGCACUGUGGCUGUGCCUAACAUCUUGUUAUUUCAAGGGGCUAAACCGAUGGCUAGAUUUAAUCAUACAGACCGAACGUUGGAAACACUGAAAAUCUUCAUUUUUAACCAGACAGGUAUAGAAGCCAAGAAAAAUGUGGUGGUAACUCAAGCCGACCAAAUAGGCCCUCUUCCCAGCACUUUGAUAAAAAGUGUGGACUGGUUGCUUGUAUUUUCCUUAUUCUUUUUAAUCAGUUUUAUUAUGUAUGCUACCAUUCGAACUGAGAGUAUUCGGUGGCUGAUUCCGGGCCAAGAGCAGGAACAUGCGGAGUAG